CUUGCCCCCAAAACGAGAGAGAAACUCUCUCUCUCUCUCUCUCUCAAUGGCUCCUCAGUUCGUCUUCCCGGCGAAUCUACAAGCCCUCGAGCAAGAAUGCGAAGACGGUCGCCUCUACGCACAGAAUGUCGUCGACGUUGCUUCACUUCGCUCUGCCGAGCUCGAAGAAUUCGUCAAAGGUGUUUCAUUUGAUCUAUCGGACAAGGAGCUCUUCUGCGUGGAGGAGCAGGAUGUGUUCGAUAGCGUCUAUUCUUUGGUUCGGGCCUUUCCCGGCCUCAGCCCGUCCUUUAAAUUCAGCAUCCUGGAGUGUUUGAGGUCGAAUUUAAGCGUCCUUCUCCCAAGUGUGGACUCGCUCUCUCGUCAGGAUGACGAUGAGGCUGUGCUUGGCAACCGCACCUCCUCCUACCGUAAUGCUUUCAAGAUCUACACGUUCUUCCUAAUCAGCAUCGUGCUUGCUGAAGAGGUCGGCAUCAGCUCCAGCAACAAUUCGAAGGUGACAGCUACCACUAGGAAGAAAAAGCAUGUGAACUCAUGGAACUGGGAAUCUCUGAGGGGACGCGUGCUUAAUCUGAUUGCUAACUCACUGGAGAUCAACCUCGCGUUGCUCUUUGGUUCGUCUAAUCCUGACGAAAAUUACCUCUCGUUUGUUGUGAAAAACACAUUUUCUAUGUUUGAGAAUGCUGCCCUGCUGAAAGACAGUGAGACAAAAGAUGCUUUGUGCCGCAUUAUUGGGACCAGUGCUACUAAAUACCAUUACAUAGAACAGUCUUGUGCCUCGGUCUUGCAUUUGAUUCACAAGUACGAUUUUGUGGUUAUCCACAUGGCUGAUGCUAUUGCCUGGGCUGAGAAGAAAUAUGCCGAUGGUAGUCUGGCUAGUUCUCUAAUUAGAGAGGUUGGGAGAACUAAUCCUAAAGACUAUGUUAAAGACACGGCGGGGGCAGAAAAUGUCGGCCGUUUUCUUGUUGAGCUCGCUGACAAGAUGCCAAAGUUAAUGUCGACCAAUGUUGGUAUCCUUGUGCCCCAUUUUGGUGGGGAAUCUUACAAAAUGAGAAAUGCGCUGAUCGGGGUUUUGGGGAAGUUGAUUGUGAAAGCCUUCAAGGAUGUUGAAGGAGAGGUGAGCUCUAAGUGUGUUCGCCUUCGAGCCAAGCAAGCUAUGCUGGAGAUCUUGCUUGAGAGAUGCCGUGAUGUUUCAGCUUAUACUAGGAGUCGAGUUCUUCAGGUCUGGGCUGAACUAUGUGAAGUGCAUUCGGUUUCAAUUGGAUUGUGGAAUGAGGUCGCAGCAGUUGCUGCGGGAAGACUGGAGGAUAAGAGUGCCAUUGUGAGGAAAUCAGCGUUAAACCUUCUCAUUAUGAUGUUGCAGCAUAAUCCAUUUGGCCCGCAACUUAGGAUAGCUCCAUUUGAAGCAACUUUGGAGCAGUACAAAAAGAAGCUGGCUGAACAGGAAGAAAAUGCCCCUAUCAAGAGUGAAGAAGAUGAUUUACCAACUAACAGUGAUAGUUGCAAUGCUGAUGGAGAAAUCGAUAAUGCGAAUGCUGAUAAUCCGUCUCAGGACCUUGACAGCUUACCCGACAGUUAUUUGUCUCAAGAAGCAGUCACUCAUAAAGAAAAUACUUUGCCAGAUGUUGGCAACUUGGAGCAGACCAAGGCCUUGGUAGCAUCGCUUGAGGCUGGCCUGAGGUUCUCCAAAUGUGUAACCAGCACGAUGCCCACCCUUGUACAGUUAAUGGCUUCAUCUUCGGCCACAGAUGUAGAGAACACCAUACUGUUACUGAUGAGAUGCAGACAGUUCCAAAUUGAUGGCUCAGAAGACUGUCUCAGGAAGAUGUUGCCACUGGUGUUCUCCCAGGACAAAUCCAUCUACGAAGCAGUGGAGAAUGCAUUUGUGACAAUCUACAUUAGAAAAAGCCCUGCAGAGACUGCUAAAAAUUUAUUAAACCUUGCUAUUGACUCAAAUAUUGGCGAUCUUGCUGCGCUGGAAUUCAUUGUUGGUGCGCUGGUAUCAAAAGGAGAUAUAUCAAAUAGUACGAUAUCUGCACUGUGGGAUUUCUUUUGCUUCAAUGUCAGUGGAACCACAGCAGAGCAAAGUCGUGGUGCUCUUUCUGUCCUUUGCAUGGCUGCAAAAUCAUCCCCGAGCAUUCUCAGCUCUCAUGUACAAGACAUCAUAGACAUAGGAUUCGGGCGUUGGGCAAAAGUUGAACCUUUGCUCUCGAGAACAGCAUGUGUUGCACUUGAGAGAUUGUCAGAAGAGGAUAGGAAAAAGCUUCUGCUGACUAAUGGUAGGAGGGUUUUUGGUCUUCUAGAGAGCCUCGUUACUGGCUUCUGGCUUUCAGAAAAUGCAUGGUAUGCUGCUGCUGAUAAAGCUAUACCUGCCAUUUAUAUACUUCAUCCAACUCCAGAAACUAUAGCGGUUGAUCUGGUAAAGAAGUCCCUGAGUUCUGUCUGUGACUUCACCGGAGGAGAUGAGCUGCAGCAUGACAUUGAGAAUGGCAGUAUGAACAACCUUGGAACAGUUGAAGUAGCAAAACUUAGUAGAUUCUUAUUUGUUGUCAGUCAUGUUGCCAUGAACCAUUUGGUAUAUAUCGAGUCAUGUAUUCGGAAAAUCCGGAAACAAAGAGCCAAGACACAAAGAGAGGAAGCUGAUAAUCAAAAAGCGAAUUCACUGGAUGCACCAAAGGAAAAUGGUAUAAAUGCUGAACUUGGUCUUGCAGCUUCUGAAGAUGCAUUGCUAGAUUCACUUGCGGAAAGAGCUGAAGCAGAAAUUGUUUCUGGCAGUUCCCCAGAGAAGAACUUAAUUGGAAGCUGUGGAUCCUUCCUAUCAAAGCUAUGUAGAAACUUUACCUUGAUGCAGAAGCAUCCAGAAUUACAGGCAUCUGCAAUGCUUGCACUGUGCAGGUUCAUGAUCAUAGAUGCAAGAUUUUGUGAUGCUAAUCUCCAGCUUCUGUUCACUGUUGUGGAAAAUGCACCUUCUGAAGUUGUUCGUUCAAAUUGCACCAUUGCUCUUGGGGAUUUGGCAGUGCGAUUUCCUAAUUUACUAGAACCAUGGACCGAAAAUAUGUAUGCUCGGUUACGAGAUUCUUCAGUUUCUGUCAGGAAGAAUGCUGUGUUGGUGCUUUCACAUCUCAUAUUAAAUGAUAUGAUGAAGGUGAAAGGUUAUAUAAACGAAAUGGCUAUCCGAUUAGAGGAUGGAGAUGAAAGGAUCUCCAAUCUGGCCAAGCUUUUCUUCAAUGAGUUAUCUAAAAAAGGAAGCAACCCGAUAUAUAAUUUACUUCCAGAUAUACUAGGCAGAUUAUCUGGUCAGAAUUUGGAGAGAGAGUCUUUCUGCAACAUUAUGCAGUUUUUGAUUGGUUCCAUUAAGAAGGACAAGCAAAUGGAAGCUCUUGUUGAGAAGCUUUGCCAUAGGUUUGGUGGAGUAACAGAUGUCAGACAAUGGGAAUUUAUUGCUUAUUGUCUCUCUCAAUUGACCUUCACUGAGAAGGGCAUGAAGAAGCUCAUCGAGUUAUUUAAGACUUAUGAACAUGUGCUCUGUGAGGAUUGCGUCAUGGAUCAUUUUAAAAGCAUACUAAGCAAGGGCAAGAAGUUCGCCAAGCCAGAACUAAAGGCAUGCCUUGAGGAAUUUGAAGAGAAGCUUAAUAAGAUCCACAUGGAAAAGAAGGAACAAGAAGUUACUGCAAGAAAUGCUCAGGCACAUCAGCAGAAGAUUGAUAGCUUAAAAAUUUCUGCAUCUACCCGUGAUUUGAAUGAAGAAUCUGUAGAAGCAGAUCUAAGUGAAGAUGGGGAGGUGAUCAAUUCAACAACUGAAGAAACAACCCCUUCUGCAAGUGGCUCUCCGAGUUUUAAAACUGAGCCAGAAGAGUAUUCUCAUGCAUCCAGUGAGUUGGUAGAAUCAGAAUCAGAUGACAUGGAAGUUGAAUCGGUGAAAUCCAGAAGAGGAGCCUCGAAUUACAGAGCAAAGAAUGCUAGUGCGAGAGGUCGGAUUACCUCCUCGAGAAAGAACCGCAGGUCAAGCUGAAGGCAGAUUUCUCCUCACCUCAUUCCAAUCUGUAGAAACGAGUGAGGAGUUGAGCUGGCCAUAUGAUGAGAAGUCACUGUUUGUUUUGUUGAAGGAAAUAUUUUGGUGUGUAACAUUGCCUAUGUUUUGUAUGUAUAUACCACAGCUUGUCAGUAUUCAUUAUAUGAUAUCUAUUUCAUUAUAAAACGAGGCAUUUUUGUUA